CAAGACUUUCCUUUUCGAAAUAUGCACUGAUAUAACAAAGCUAGCCGCUCUAUUGCUCGUCACAAAGGACACCGAGUUAACCUACCUUGCAACAUCACAGAAGGAUGCUUGAGAUAGGGGCACCUACGUAGGCAAAUAAGAGUUCUCAUAGGACUGACAAUUUAAGCCUCAAGAAGUUUCUUUCCAGUAGAGCUUACGCAAGAUCAGCGUGGAAAGGAUGACGCUGAACGUCAGGCAAAAGCAAGCUGAGGUCAUCCUUCGUGCACUGAACUUCAAUAGUGCGCCUGGAAAGGAACCAUCUUCCGAAUCCUAUAAGGUCCUCGUACUUGAUCGAUUUACGAAAGACAUUAUUGCUCCGUUGCUGCGGUUGAACGACCUGCGCAAACAUGGGGUUACAUUGCACCUUAUGCUGGAGAGUGAACGCCAGCCCAUUCCCGACGUGCCGGCGGUGUACUUUGUUCAGCCCACGGCUGCAAACAUUGAGCGCAUCAUUGCUGAUGCGGCUGGGAGUCUAUACGACUCCAUGUACCUGAACUUCACUGUGUCAAUACCCAGCAAGCUGGUGGAGCAGUUAGCGGCGGGGGUGGUAAAGGCGGGCUGCCUGAGCCGCAUCAGCAAGCUCUACGACCAGUACUUGUCGUUCAUCGGCCUGGAGCCCACACUCUUCUCCCUGGGCUUGCCUGAGGCUUACCUGGAGCUGAACGACCCGCAGGCGCGGGACCACCAGAUUGAGGCGGCCGUGGGCGGCAUCGUGGACGGCCUCUUCUCUGUGUGCGUGACGUUGGGGGUGGUGCCCAUCAUCCGCUGCCCGCGGGGCGGCGCGGCAGAGCACAUCGCAGCAGCGCUGGACGCCAAGCUGCGGGACGCGCUGAAAAGCCGGACCAACCUGUUCAGCGAGGGCGUGCUGGGCUUGUCAGCUUCCCUGUCGCGGCCGCUGCUGUGCCUCUUCGACCGCAACUUCGACCUGACGGCGGUGGUGCAGCACGCCUGGACAUACAAGCCGCUGGUGCACGACGUGCUGGGGCUCAAGCUGAACCGCAUCGCGCUGCAGAGCGAGGCGGCAGGGCCGGGGCCGGCAGGCAUGAUGGCGGCGGGCGCAGGCAAGAAGCACUAUGAUGUGGACGAAAAGGAUUUCUUUUGGGAGGCUUGUGGCGCCCAUGUCUUCCCCAAGGUCGCUGAGGAGGUGGAGACGCAGCUGCAGCGCUAUCGUGCUGCUGUGGACGAGAUCAACAAGAAGACGGCAGCCGGCGCGGGGCAGGAGGGCGCCUUCGACCCGGACGAGCUGCUGCGGCGCAACACGCAGAACCUCAUGCAGGCGGUCUCAUCGCUGCCGGAGCUGCAGGAGCAGAAGAAGGUCCUGGACAAGCACACCAACCUGGCCACCUGCCUGCUGGGCGCCAUCAAGAUGCGCGCGCUGGACCAGUACUCCAACCUGGCGGAGGACCUGCUGGUGGGCAAGGCGGACCUGCAGGCAGUGGUGAAGCUGCUGCAGAGCGGCAAGGGGGCGCCCAUGGACAAGCUGCGGCUGGCGCUGGUGUACAUACUGGCGCACGACGGCCUUCCUAGCGAGCAGGAGCUGUCGGAGCUGGAGGGCGUCAUGCGCAGCGGCGGGGCGGACGCGACGGCGCUGCAGUACGUGCGCACCCUCAAGCGCAACAACCUGACGGGCAGCGGCAAGAGCGGCGCGGAGGCGCUGGGGCACCACGGCGGCGCGCCCAUGGCCUCCCAGAACAACCUGCUGGACUGGGCGGACAAGACCUUCGGGCAGCCGCUCAGCCAGGUGGCCAAGGGGGUCAAGACGCUGCUGUCAGGUGCGCGCCAGGCCCCGCUGGCUGCGAGCGUGGAGGCGCUGAUGGAGGGCAAGGUGGGCUCACCCGAGUUCGAUUCGUACGCUGUAUUCGACCCCAAGCUGCCGCCCGGGCGGGCCAGCGUGGAGCGCGCCAAGGGGCCCUUCCGCGAGGGCAUGGUGUUCAUGAUUGGUGGCGGCAACUACUACGAGCGCGAGACGCUGCUCAACUGGUCGCAGCGCUGCACGCCGCCGCGGCAAGUGCUGUACGGCGCCACGGAGCUGCUGUCAGGGGAGGAGUUUGUGCAGCAGUUGAGCGAGCUGGGGCGGCGCAGCGGGGGGCGAUGAGGGUAGUGUGCGGAGAGCGUGUAGGUGGGACAGAAGUUUUGGGAAGGAUCAUGGGUCCCAGACACUGAGAACUGUGGCAUGUGUAGGUGCAGAUGCAGGAAAGAGGCAGGGUAUGCGCAACCAAGCACACAGAGUUGGACUUGCAUGUUGACGCCCGUCAUUGCGCUUGCAGCUUAAGGUUCUGUAAGGGUCUACGUACAUUCCGUACACGAUGAUGGAAACAUGCAUCUUUCUCCCGUGUCCUGAUGCAGCAAUAAGAACGGAAGCAUGUUACAAUGUAAAAAGAACAGUAGGC